AUGUCGGAGAUAAUUGACAAUAUAGUUACCAAGAUCACUCAUGUGGAUAAUGCUAAUUUGUUGCGUCCAAUUAGUGGUGAAGAAGUGCGUGCUGCUGUGUUCCAAAUGCACCUUGAUAAGUCUCGGGGUCCUAAUGGUUUGGGACCGGGGUUUUUCUUGCAUUUUUGGGACAUAGUUGGAGGUGAAGUUACAUUAUUCUGCCGAAGUUUCAUUCAGACGACAAAGUUGCCAGCAAGAGCGAAUAAUACCUUUAUAGUUCUCAUCCCAAAGAAAACUAACCCGGAAUCCAUGUCGGACUUGCGACCGAUAGCUUUAUGCAAUGUUUUGUAUAAAGUUGCAGCAAAAGGAAAGGAGGGUGUGGUGGAAUUGAAGGUUGAUAUGAGCAAAGCAUACGACCGAGUUGAAUGGGGUUUUCUGGAAGCAGUGCUAGCUAAGACGGGUUUCCAGAAACGAAGGGUCGAUAUCCUCUUGGAGACAAUGAGAUUGGGCACACUGCAUGGGGUUCGUGUUGCUAGGGAUGCACCGCCAAGAUCACACUUACUCUUUGCAGACGACUGUUUUCUCUUCUUACGAACCAAUAUCCAAGAAAGUGAACAAAUGAGGUAUGUUCUUGAUACAUAUUCGAAGGCCUCAGGCCAGAGGAUUAAUUAUGGAAAAUCAGCAGCAUGCUUUAGCAUCAAUGUGACACAACCGGUCUAUGAUGAGGUUACCAGAAUUCUUGGGGUGACUGCAGGUGAUACUAUGGGUAAAUACUUGGGUCUCCCCUCUCUUGUUGGAAAAAUGAAGAAAGAAAUUCUAGGGUUCUUGAAAGACCGGAUUCUGGCAAAGGUAAGGAGCUGGAAUGCAAAAUUUCUAUCGCGUGCAAGGCGUGAGGUUCUUUUGAAGAAUGUUAUCCAAGCAAUGCCAUCGUUGCAAUGA